AGGGAAGUAGAGGUUUACUGUUUGGGGUGAACAAGAAGAAUGUAAAUUGCAAAACAUCAAUAAUCUGUCAUUUACAGGUAUCAUUGUGCACGUUUGAUGUGAUCACUUGAAUGUACAGUUUGUGAGGUAAAUCAACAUGGAUAAGCAAUAUUCAGUACAGUUCUUUACUUCAUUCGUUGAAGCCAUGCAGAAGUUCUGUCGGGAGUACAUUGAUUUUGAGCAGUGUGUGGAACUGAGUGGCUACCUGGCUGUGGAGAUAGACAAUCAUAAAAAGGAACGGUAUGUGCUCAGUGAGAUGCUUCAAAGUUCGGGAAAUGUCAUUAGUGAGAGUUACUGUACGAAGGCAUUCAAGACCCUGCGUAAAGAACCGUCUGUGUGUGAGAAAGACGGUGAAAACCGUUCUCCAAAUCAUUACAGAACUGUCAGUAGGAAGACCAGUCUACAGUCGACUGGGCUAUCAGUAGAUCUGACGGGCAGCACUGAGGAACGGUUCCAAGGGUUCCAGUGUUCAAAUCUCAACAGAAGAAGACAAAACUUUGUGCAUUCCACCCAGAGAAUGAGGCGGUCAGCAGCGCUCAACUGUCGGCCCGCUCUCUCCCACUCGCUAAUUGCCCCCCAUAGAAUGUCAGUCAGCCAGAUUAAUGAACGUACUGGUGACCAGAUAAGCAGCAGAUCUCCUAACAGCGUUCCAGGCAUACCAAAACGAGGCAUCACAGACGGCAGUUGUAGUCCAGCUCCCACAGUUAAGAAAGAUAAACUGGACUGUGCUCUGAAUAAUUUGGUAAAAGCUGCUGACGACAUUGUGAAACAGAGUGAGUUGUGUGCUGACUUGGAUGACAGUACUGUGUUGACCGAGAGUGUUGAUGUAGCCGGUGGCGUGCGGGUUAAGAAGGAGAGUGAGACGGACGUGCCAUACAUGGUGAUAGACAACCCACUGGGUGACGUGUGUCACCUCACAGUGAUAGACAACCCACUGGAUGACGCGUGUCACCUCAUGACAGACAGUGAUAACAGCCCCGCUAAUCCGGGGACACUCGACACUGCUACAUCAGGCAAACUGGCUUUUGAUUCACCAGCAGUAUUACACAGUGAGCGACAGCACGGUGGUUCAAACCCUGAUGGGGGAUUUCAGUCUGUGCAGAAUUCAUCACAUGAUUCCCAAGAAUCAUCUGUCUCACCUAGUCACUGGCAACCAAGCACAGAAGGGCGUCUGCAUGUUGGAACUUGUACUGACAUCACAGCAGAUAGCCAACAGAGACGGCCCAGUGAUGAACGCUUCCAGUGCCAGCAGUGUGGUAAAACGUUCACCUAUAACUCAGCUUUAGUACGCCACAACCGCAACGUCCAUCUUGGCUCACUUCGCUUUCUGUGCACUAUUUGUGGCCGGACACUUAGUCGUAAAGACUACUUCAUGCUGUCUUUAGCAAGCACCUCAUCUACCUGGACUGUCUGUCCCGGACUGAGGUUAAUCAUUAGUGGUUAA